GCUCGUCUCAAGCCUACUGUCAGUCUUCUAAGAAGCCACACCCACUAGGCCCAUUCAAGGCAGGGCUGAAAAUGUGUCACACCUUUCCAUGGAAGCCCAGCCCCACUUCCAGGAAAGCUAGACUGCGCUCCAGCUGAUCUCACACAAACACCCCAGACCUCCAGCAGCUCCAGGAGUCAAAACACCAGCAGUGGACCAAGGCCCUACAUCUGCCUGCAGCCAUGUUGGCCCUCAGUCUGCUCGUGCUGGGUCUGCUCACUGAAGUGGCACCUGCCAGCUGUCAACAAGGUCUAGGGAAGCUUCAGCCCUGGAUGCAAGGCCUCAUUGCUGUCGCUGUGUUCUUGGUCCUUGUUGCAAUCGUCUUCGCUGUCAACCACUUCUGGUGCCAGGAGGAGCCGGAGCCUGGGAGCACGGUGAUGAUCAUUGGAAACAAGGCAGAUGGGGUCCUGGUGGGAAUGGACGGCAGAUACUCCUCAAUGGCAUCUGGUUUUAGGUCCAGCGAGCACAAGAAUGCUUUCGAGAAUGUUCUGGAGGAAGAGGGCAGGGUCCGCAGCACACCCAUGUGACAAGCUCCUCUAUGGCCCCAGUUCCCAGGUUACAGGGGAUAUACAGUUGAUGCCCACAGUCUCAUCCAGCCACUGCUCUACAGGAAUCUACUGACACAAGCUGACCCUCUCACCUCUCUUGAAUCACAGCCAUCUCGGGCUAGGUCUCAGACCAAGCUGAGCACAGCAUGUGCUGUGGCCCUGGGGUCUCCUGGGGUCUUCUACUCAUUUCUGAGGAGCCUUGUAAAGAGAUGCCCGGUUCAUUUCCUCCCCUCCUCGUUCCUCCUGCACCUAUGGAAGUGGCUCUUAUUUCUGUGAAAUAAAGACUUUUUAUACUUCUGGGA